UUUAAACUUUCAGGACGAAAGCCCAAUCUAAGCGACUUCAAUACGUCAGUUACAACAAGUAGCGUAUAGAAAGGAUUGAACACGAUGGCGGAAAACAAGCUUGGACCCUGCAUGCAGUGUGUCCGUUUCAUCUUGUUUGCGUUCAACGCACUGUUUUGGGUAAGCUUUCAUUAAUUAAGUCAACCGACGGGCUUUAACUUUAAGUCAACAUGAAGUGCUUUGCUUGUCUGUGUCUGCGGUACACUUCUAGUUUGAUUUCGCUUGUUACGAAGGUCUAAGCUCUGUCUAAACACGCUAGCGAACUAAGUGAUUUCAGCUGUUCUUGUAUUUAAAAUUGUUGCGUAGCUUAGGGACUACAAAAUUUACAGUUUUACUUGAAAUAAAGUCAUUUUACUUUAACUCAUUUAACUUUGUAAUCUGUCAAGAAAAUAAACUACAAUAGUGGUUGCGUGGUUAGAAAAUGCGAGUAUAUAAAGCGUGGCAGCAUGAUGACUCAUCCUAUGAACCGGAUGUGUUUUGUCGCUCUGUUGAUCAGCCCUACGUAAAUUGAAAUGAUCUAUAAUAUUUUUACAGUGAAUAAAAGGUCUUUUAAUUUUGUGUAGUUUUUGGCAUUCAAAGGAAGAAGUAUGUACAUUUCGCUCCCAAAUAUAAAAAGUUAUAUAUAGCACUGUAAUUAUUCUUCUAAAAACUGUAGUAGUUUCGUUAUGAUUGUUUACAUGCAAAACGAUGGUUGAUUGCAUUGGAGAGUGCAUAGUAUUUGUAUAUACUUCAUACAACAUCUGUAAUAAUAAAGGUGUUGUAUAAAAGAAUAUUAAUAUAUCAAUUCACUGAUGAUGUUUCUAUAUUUUACACUGUACUGUGCAUGUACCUACAUAGCUUUCCAUGUAGAUGCAGUCAUGCAGUGCCAGUUUGCUGUCCAGUAGCCUGUGAGAGCAGACGCCUUUGUCUACAGUGGUCCGCAACUGUCACAGCAAUAGGAAAUACCUCUCUUCACGGCAAAAGCAAAUACUUCAUGGCAAAACCAAAAACCUCACGGCAAAACCACAAACCUCAAAGCAAAAACAAAAACUCACAGAGAAAUGAAAUACUUCAAGGCAAAAGCAAAACCUCAUGGGUCUGUGCAGAGCCUUAAAUUCUUGAAAAAGUCUUGAAAUUUGCAAAGCAAUUUUCCAGACCUGAACAAAGUCUGGAAAAGAGAGAUAUUAGUUUGGAAAAAUGGUAAAAAGUCUGGCAUUGGAAGUUUCAGAACUCUUGUAUGUCUGCAUUGUAUAUGAAAAGUUUGGCGUCUGAAUCAAAGCCAUUCCAAAGUUGUUCCACAGUCUAAAUUCCCAGCCGGUCAAGGUGUGAAGAAUGGCUGAGCCGCUCCAAAUUGAAAUAGGCAUUCCCAAUAAUUAGGAAUGUUUUGCUGUAGCGUAUAUGUUUUUGGCCUGAGGUAAUUGGUGAACCGUGACAGUUGUGGGCCACCGUAAUUUUUCAGCUUCAGUUCACACACUGACCUUUCACUACUUGUGGCUGUAUAAUGCAGCUUCUAAACAGUGCUUACAAGUUCACAAGUCAAUCUCAUCUUUCUGUCACUCAAUUUUAUUGGCUGAGAACAGUUCUAACAUAGCACUGACAUCACAGAAAUCACUGGAGUUCCCAGCUCAGGAUGGAAGAUGCUCUUUUCCCGGCUUGUAAAAUAAGAGCUGAAAAAGGCAUCUGCUCUUGCAGGCUAGCUGCCCAGAUUACAUGUGGCUAAUUGAAAUUUAGGCUUAGGCCAUUGCUUGUCAGUAGUCUGUCAUUUGAGGUUUUACUAGGGGUAUUUGAAUAGCUUUGCAGAAGCCUUUGGAAAUUUACAGUUUGUCUGUUGAUGUCAGACAUUUGCUCAUGAGUUUUAUUUUUUUUCCAAGUCACAGGCCACUGUUGAAAGAGGGGGGCAUUGGGGUAUAUUAGAAACCGCAAAACCGAAGGAAAAAAUCAUCCAAAACCGCAAAAAAAUUCGGCCAAAACCGAAAACCGCAUACAAAACCGUCAAAAACCGAUACAAUGGUGACAAGUGGGGCAUACAGAGCAAACUAAACUAACACUAAUUUCACCAAAGUAUUUGUGAAUGUCAUGGACUUUGUCUGAAGCCUUCGUAUCUUUUUGUGUCUGCUUAAAUCAUAGGCUUUGUUUCUGCCGCUCUCUCGAGCCCAGACUUUGCGGCUCAAUUUCCGAAAAGCCGCUAGUUACAGGAGAAUUUGCACACAAGUCCUCUUUAGAAUUGCAAUUUUGCAGUCGCAAAAAGCUAUAGCUCUGGAAACUUCAAUCGAAAAUCUCUAAUCGAACAUUUUGAAAGUUUGGAGACUCGAUUGUCUAACGUGCAACGUGUUUGAUUACCCUGUGAACAGAGUCUCUUAACCUCUCUUCGAUCUUGUACGCUUAGAUACUGCGUAUUCUCAAUGUAUUAGGACUAUUAGGGACAUUAAGUCUUCGUAAACGAGCUUUAUGUAUGGGAUAAACUAUAGUGAUUAAGCUAUUGUAAUGUAAAUACAGUGAAACCUGUAUUAAGCGGACACCCUCGGGGAAUGCUGUAGCGUCCGCUUAAUACAGGGUGUCUGCCUAAUACAGGUUUCGAUAGAUAAAGUCAUAUGAGAUGUCAAAUGUUAUUCACAUGAACAGUGGAAAUGUUAAGAAUACUCCCAGAGACUUUGGCGAUAUACGUUUGCAUUAAUUUCUUUAUCAAAGUGGACCGAUUGGUCAUAGUACCAUAAACAUAGAUUGCAACUCAAAUUUGAAGAAAUCAGAUGAGUGAAACAAGCUCUAUACAAACAAAACGAAAUAGAAAAAAAUACUGUACUGUGGAACUAAUCAAAUAAGUUCGUCAAGUAAUGUUUUUUAAUGUAAAAAUCGAAAAAGUUGUGGGUGGCAAUUCGAGGUAAUCUUUCGCAUUUCCGGUGUCUCGCAUGUUGGGUAGUGGAAUUUGAUUACAAGUGUCCGUUUAAUACAGGUUGGUAACAAUAGAAAUGACUAUUUCACGUACUUUUGAGGUGUCCGCGUCUGUUUAAUAGAGGUAUCCGCUUAAUAAAGGUUUUACUUAAAGUAAAUAAGGGAAAUAAAUUUUGGGACUUCCUCUACUGCCCGCUUAAUAGAUAGUCGAUUGACUUACCAAACACUAUUCUUAAGCUUCUGCAGGCUUUUCUCUUCCCUUUUCACUUUACAUCUAAACUUGUUUUUCUUUCGAAAAUUCUCGCCGCCUUUCCCCUCCUCGUAAAAAAACGCAACACAAUCCACAAUUGCUUCUUCUGUUGCUGGCGCGUGAGAUACGUUGGAAGCGAUCGCUCGCAAAAUGACCAAAUGGUCGCCCUGGUCUGCGACCCGGGGGGGUACUCCCAUACAUUACCUAUACGGGUAUGUGCCGCCCAAAGGGGUCGUGAUUUUGAAGCUCCUGAUUUAGAACGGGGUAUCCAUUUCAGAGGCGUUUUCUAGAAUGGGGUAUAAAAUUCAAUUCAAGGAAAGAUUCCUUUUAAAAACGCGGUUCAAUGCGUUAACAAGCAAAGUUCCACUUUUGUAAACAGCCAUUUGAAAGUACUCAAGGAAAAAUUGCUUUUAAAAGUGAGACGGUUCAACCAGGGAAUUAACAAGUUCCCAAACUGUUGUGGGAUUUUUGUUGCUAAAAUAUCCAAAAAUGGGAACAACGGAGUAUAAAAAAUUGGCCCAUUUCCAGAACGGGGUAUCAGUUUUAGGGCGAAUACUAGAACUGGGUAUAAAAAAUUGGCCCAUUUUUAGAACGGGGUAUCAAUUUUAGGGGAAUUUUUUUCUAGAACGGGGUGCCAAUUUGGAGUCCCGGGCGGCACAUACCCACCCAAAAAAUACCCAAGUGUCCCCCCGGGGUCUGCGAGUUCAAAGUCUCGCCGGGCGUCAAUGGAGACGCUUGAUCCCCUACCAUAACAUUUAUUUUGUUACGCAUUCCUCUAAAUAACUUUGGCGUUUCGCAGCUAUUCGACCCCAACUGCUGCUCAAAUCGAACAGAAACCGGAACCCAAAAUAGGACAAAAUAGGAAAAACCAAAAACCACGUCGGGUACCAAAACCAAAAAACCGCCAGUAUUAUUCACGAAAACCGAAAACCAGAUGCUAAAAAACGAAAAAUCCGCAAACCGCAAUGACCACCAAAACUGAAAAACCGAUCUAAAAAAUAGCCAAAACCGAAAAUCCCAAUGCCCCCCUUUUGACCACUUUUAGUGGUGAUGAUUUCGUAAUAAAAAAAUUUACCUCUGUUUCCAACCUCUCGCUGUGUGUUUGCUGUGUGCUUGUUGUGCUAUUAAUAUGCAGAUUCAUGAGAUAAAUACAAAGUUAUCCCCCUUCCCCUUAUUAUAUGAGCUAAGUAAGUAGAUGGUAAUACCGAGAAAGAGUAGUAGUAAAAUAUAGUAUAAUGUUAUAUUGUUAGUGGUACAAUCUUACAAUAAUGUAGAUUCUCUUUGUUUUGUUCUCAGCUUACUGGACUUGGCCUCCUUGGUGUAGGAAUCUGGGCACGUGUACAGUUCAGUGACUACAUGAAGCUCUCUAGUCAUGACUAUUCCACUGCAUGCUAUGUUUUGAUUGGUGCUGGAGUUUUUGUGACCAUCAUUGGGUUUCUUGGCUGUUGCGGAGCUCUUAAAGAACAAGUGUGCAUGCUAAAAACGGUAAGUUAGCCCUUUGAACCCUAACAUUAAAAUUCAAAUUCUCAUUUGUUAUCCCUAUACGUUUUCAAUAGAAGUAGUGGGGAGAAUUUGAUGAAGUAUCAAUUAGAAUCAUCUUGUGUGAUCAUAUCUUUAAUUCUCAUGACCACUGUUUUUUUAUAAAGCAGUGAUAAUACAAGGAGAAAUUUGAUGCUGAUCACUCUUAGGCCUAAAGGGUUAAAGGUGAAACAGUGCCAGAUGUAGCAUUAUUGAUGAGUAACAAGACUCAUUAAAACUAUUUUAUUAUGUCCUCUUCAGUCAACAUCAAUGCAGCUCUUCAUUCAGUCAAUAAUAUUAAUUGCCAAGUACUGCAUGCAAGACAAUACAACCAAUCAAUUUGACCUGUGCCGCCUACAUACAAAAUGUACUUCUGUCAGCCUGCUGUAAUAUUAUCUUAUAUAAUGGUAACAGGACUGAUUGGAGUCCAAUUAGGUUUGUAAUUGUAUGAGUGAUUUAUAGACAAAAUUGGACAACCAUGUAGUGAAAGUCCGAUUUGUUAAUCACGAGUAUGACUGCGACCAAAUUGGAUGACACAAUUAAAUCCUGUUACCAAUUAAUCAUAACCAUUACAAUUUCCAAGAAAACACUGAAUGCAUUCUUUUUUGUGAAAGAGCUUCUAAUACCAAUUAUCUAGAAUAAGGGAAAAUAUCAUUGGCAGAGACACUGACACUCUAAUGUUACAAAUUUGUCCAUUUUGGAAAAUCCCCAGCUCGGUAGGGUAAGUGGUUGUUGCUAUGGUUAUUGUGAUAAAUUCUGUGAUUUGUGGAUUUAGCUGAGUGCACUUUAGAUAUGAUUGGCUGAUGUAACUGUCCAAUUACAGGCAAUGAUCUGAUUACAAAGUUCCGUUACAACCCUUGCACAAUAUUAGUGAAAAAUGAAGCAGUUAAUGCACCAAUCAAAUUUGAGGAAAUUGUAAUAGUUAUGAUUAUACACAAUGUUAUUUGGAUAACUGGGACAUUUGAUUACUUAAUAGCAAACUUUGAUCUUUCAGUUUGCUGUGAUUCUUGGCAUACUUUUCCUGGUUGAACUUGGUGGAUCAAUCACCGGUUACGUUUUCCGCCAUAAGGUAAUGAUUUUAAGCAUUUAUUAAAGCUAGAAUUGAGCAAAUUGACUGACCUCUGUGUAUUUGAUUGUUUAAGAAACUUGCAGUGCGACUACAAAGUUGUGGAUGCAUGCUGGAGGUUGCCAUCUACAAAACAAGUGAAGGGAAAUCUUCCAUGUGCAUCCAUAACUCUAUGAAGGUUGCACAACUGCACCACUUUUCAUUUUUAUAUAACAAUAUAAUCAUGUAUGGCUUUGAAUGUACACUAGCUUUUGACAGUAUUUACAAAAGGUCAAAUAGUGCAUGAGUAAUUGACUAUCAGAGUUCAUGUACGUACGUGCUUUACUCUUCUAUGUUAUAAAACUCAAUUGUGACCAGCUGCACGCAGGAUAUGGACAGGAUAUGUACAGAAAAGAAGAAAAGCUGUUUCAUUGUUGGGUGGAUAUUUUGCCAUGUUUUCCUGUUGGUGAAGGGCAUUUUGUAUUAAUAUACACUUGUCCUUAUUACAGCGCAAAGGCAGGGCUCGGAAUUAAUUUUUUUGGUAACUAACCCUUCGGGUUAGUGGGCAUAAAUUUUACUAACCAAAUUAUAAAUUUAAUUAUCCAAGAAUCUGUUCUUGGAAUAACAAUAUUUUACUGUUGAAAAUGGGGCUAAUAAAUGGGGUAAACUAAUGUAUGGAUGGAUUGGUCAAUGAUGAUCUGUAAAGUGAAAUGAAUUUCAGUUUCAGUGAGUCUCUCGUUCUACACCUGAUUAUUACUAACAGGUUAACAGACAUUAAAUUUUGGAUUUGCAACCAGUUAAUUCACCUAACACAGUCUUACCAGUAUUUGCUGUAAUUCUUAAUAAAUCUGUUUGCAGAUCAAGAGUGGAUUCAGUGAGGGGCUUGACGCCGCACUUGAUGACUACAAAGAAAAGGGAUUCACAGAUGCCUGGGAUGGACUUCAGUCAAAGGUUUGAUUUACUUGCUUUGUUAACAGUGACAUGUGCAUCUUAAAUAAAAUUAUUACUGUAAUCUUUGAUGCAAUCCUUCUAAUAAGGUGGCACUGACGUAUUGUAACAAUAUAUAGACAGCCUAAGAGUUUAUGAUUUUCUGUGAUAGCUGCAUUGUUGCGGAAGUGCAAACUACACUGACUGGUUUUACAGAGACUGGAGUUCAGAAGAGGUUGGAAAUUUUUCAGUUCCUAAAUCGUGCUGUGUGAAAGAAGCAGACAAUUGCAAUAAGAAUGUGACCACUCAUCCAGGCACAAUUUAUCAUAAGGUAUGAUCCAGUGAUUGUUUUUGGUGAUUUAGCCCAUUUUAUACUGCCUCUCAAUCUACUAACAGAGCCUUCCUUUAACCCUUUAGGCCCCAAUAUCUAUAUGCAAAUUCUCCAAACAGAUCUCUAUACAUUUCCUUAAAGAAUGAGUUGAGAGAAUUUGAUAAAAGGUCAAAGCAUUUUCUCUUAGGUGAUCAUUUUAUUAAUUCUCAUAACCUAAUCUCUUGACAUUGUAUGGAUAUUGUGAGGAGAAAAUUGAUGUGGGUCACUAUUCGGACUUAAAGGGUUAACUUGCUAGCCUUUUGCAUUGUAGAUCUGGCAUGAAUCGCGCUGCCUGUAGCUUGGAUACUGUUUCGAACCCAGGUUUUUUAGCUGUGCCCUUGGUAUUAUGACUACUGGUUUAUCAAUAAACAGAUGCUGGAACAGACUCUGAAAACCAGUGUACAAGAGAAAACAAGAUUGACUAGUCCAGAAGUUUGGGAUUCGGUAGUUAACUUGAAAGGUUUGAUGUGAUUCAGGCACAGCCUCCUUUCCUCAUCCACACUCAAGAAGAAACAACGAGGCUUUGCUCGCAGGGUGAUUUGCUGCCGCAUGUUUUAUUGCCCAGUGAGCCUCAGUUGCCUAGUAGAGUAUAAGCUAACUGGUUUGCUGACUGGCCUCUUGAAGUUUGUCCAAACUAAAAGAUGGAGUCAAAUUUAGUAGUCUUUUAAAAGUUUUCUUUCAAGGUUUAAAUUCUCCUAAGUUUGUGGGUGAAAUUUUUCCAGUUUAUAUAUGUCUUAAUUUGUUUUUCGCAGGGCUGCUAUGAUGCUGCAGUAAAUUUCUUUGAAGAUAAAUUGUUGAUCAUUGGAGCUACAGCUCUGGGGAUUGCAUUGUUUCAGGUGAGACCAGUACCAAGAAUACUUGUAAACAAACAAUUGGAUGAGCUUCUUAUACAUAGAUCUACUGAUGUUAGCCUUGAUUUCAAAAAGUAUACAUAAUCUCUGCUGUUUAGAGUCAGGGGAAUGAUGGUCACCCAGACAGGACAUUAUUUUUCCAAAUCAAUAACUUGUUAUAAAAAGAUGUCAGCAUUGAAAAAUAUUCUAUAAAGAAAAAUGUUCUGUAGAAUUCCCAUAUUACUGAUUUACUUCAGCGAAAAAAAAUCUUAUAGGCAUAUUUAUAAGUGUAAAUACAUGUAUGACGUGUUCUGGCUAUUGAUAAAGUUGUUGUUGUUGUCAGUGUUUAGAACUUUUGCUGACUGUUCUCUGAGCCUUCUAUAAUUAUGCCCAAACAGUUUUGGUUAUGAGGGUCAUUGUUUAUUGAUGAUAUUACAAUAAUUUAUUCAUGAUGACAGUAGAAUCAUAAAUAAUAAUAAAUGUAAUUUUGACAUUUCACUUUACUUUUGUUACAGAUUAUUGGUGUUGCCCUGUCUUGUUGCUUGGCUAGCAAUCUUCAGCGUAACAAUAAAUAUGAGCUAGUUUAGUGGCAUUUUAUCUUACUUGUGAUACUGUGCUUUUACAUGUAAUCAAAGCUCUCAAUACAGACACUCUCAACAUGCCACCUUGACAAAACCCCAUUUAAACUCUCUGUUUAAACUCUCUCCAGUAAUUGAGAUUUUUUUAUUCUGGUGGGUGUCUGCUUAAGGGAGCUUAGACUGUUUUGUUAACCACACAAUGUAUAACUAUGUUACCUAGAAAAUAAUAAUAAUAAAUUUAACAGUUUUCUAGUAUUCUAAAUAACUGGUAAAUGAUGAGAAGCUGAGUUUUUUUCGAAGUUUUAACAAAUAGUCAUGGAAUUCAGUUGACAUAUCACAGUGGUUGCCACUAACAUGCACCCUCCAAGGGUUUUUCCCCCUGUUGAAACCAGUGAGUUUUCGUGCAUGCCAAUCAACUGUUUUCCAUGGUUUUCUCACUCACUCUGACAGAGAAGGUUCCCUCAUCACUGAAUGAAAGGCGAAGACUUACAAGAAUAAUUAAGAAUGACCACAGUGUUUUUAAUUUUUUAAUUAAGAUGAAAUGCCAGCAUGUUAUUCCAAGUGCUCAAGAAACGGGCAAAGAAUUUUCUCUUGGCCAACGCAUGAAAACUAUGGUAACUGUUGAUUGACGUCCACCAAACCGCAGGUUUGAGCCAAAGAAAAAAGCCUUUGAGGGCAUGUGUUAGUGGUAACCGCUGUAAUUAGCACACGGCCGAUAAUAUUCAUCAGUACUUCCCAAAUUUCAAAUUUUGUAUUUGUUACAUGUAGCCAUUUUUCCAAGGCAAGGGCCUUGUACUAAGUGUGGCCUUGACUCAUAGGCAAGCUGCCUUAUAGUUUUGUCUCAUCCAGCCUGUAAAAAUAGAAACAUUAAUGCUUAACAGUAGUUCUGUUGCUCAUAUAAUUUUGAACUUUUUUAAAAAUACCAUCAAAAAAUCAAUUUUGUUUAAAAUUAGUUUUCAAUUUGUUUUUACUUUUUUAAUGGAAAGAAAUAGCAAGUGCUAUUUAGUUAAGUUUUAGUACAAUGAUUUAAGUCAAAAUGGUCAGACCAUAGAUAGUUCAUUACAAUUCCUUAAGAUGCUUAAACUUUCAAUUGCAGAUUUGUAAGAUGUGCUAAAUGCUUUCAUAAUAAUUGCCAGGGCAUGAAGGCGGAUUAAUUCAAACUUAGUGAUAUUGGAUACUUAUAUAAUUAUUUGUAUUCUUGAAAGGGCCCAGUGUUCUCUAUCCUCACUCAUUUUAAAAGCUUUCUCUUUUACAGUCAUUGUUUGUCAGUUUUCUUUUUUUCUUCUUCAUCUGGUUGUGGUUGAUUUGUUUGCCUUUGCCUUAGUUGUCUCUUUGCUGGGUUUAUAGCUCAAAGGCAACAAACAAAGUUAACAAGUCUGAACAAUAAUUGUUGUGCAUCUUUACAUGUGUCAUUCCUAUCCCCAGAGCUGCAAUCCUUGUGGACCAUUAGCUCCUCUGAUCAAGAGCUCUGGCUGGCCAUGGGACCAGGAUUUACACACAAGCACAGUAGCUUCACAUUGUUGUCACCAUUCGUAA